GAUUUUGGCGUCCAUGGACACACUAAAAGAUGCGAAAUAUUAGCUAAAAAUAUUUAAUUUAAUGUCUUUUUAACUGCAUACACGGAAAAUCUCACUUGAUUUGCCUUUAAUUUACAAUCUGCACUAUCUUGUUUGCCCAACAUGUUUCAGAAGUCGUCGCUGUAAGAAGAAAGAACCGGCAGUUACGAACUAGUAGCAUGAAUCAGGAACAAGCCGAGGGAGAGUCACUUGAGUCUCAUGUGAAGGACCUUGUGCUAGAAAGAGAAAUUGGAAGGGGAUCGUAUGGAAAAGUGUACAAAGCUCUAUGGAAAGGAAAAGAAGUGGCAGCGAAAAGGUUUCACGCCGUUCUCGCUAAUGAUAGCUGCGGCCAAAUGAUCGACCACUUUAGAGAAGAGUUCCAGCGAGAAUGGGAUGCCCUCAAGUCACUCAAUCAUCCGAACGUGGUCAAAUUCCAUGAAGUUGUGUUUCCCAAGGGAAGAUUGCCUGUAAUUAUUACAGAACUUUUGCACUGUGAUCUGGAAAGGUUCAUUAGAGAAUCGAAGUCGUCCCCAAAAGUCCCACUAAUUCAUCUGAUAUGCAUAGCCUUAGACGUGAUUCAAGGUCUUCAGUUUAUGCAUGGCUUAGAAAAUCCAAUUGUCCAUCGCGACCUGGCGACAAAAAAUAUCCUACUAACAGAUACCGGCACUGCCAAGAUCGCGGACAUGGGCGUGGCUAAAGUUUUUGUCCAAGGGUACGAAAUGUAUGCAACUCCCGUGCGAGGCACACCAGUUUAUGCAGCACCAGAAACAUAUCCAGCUAUGGAGAAUUUUGAAAUCGUGAACGAUGCAAAGUAUGGUCCCCGAGUGGAUAUAUUUUCUUUUGGUGUCAUGUUACUGGCCAUGGCUGUUGGUCAUGAGCCUAAAGUCUGGCCAAUUUCUCCAAUUACCAAAGGCGGGAAGAAGGUUAGUGAAUAUGAACGUCGCAAAGCUGACAUCAACGAGAUGGGAGAUCAUUUAGUACAAAGUUUAGUACUCAGGUGUUUGGAGAAUGACAGCAGCUGUCGUCCAUCUGCUAAAGAUAUCAAAAUAGAAUUAGAGAAGCACAAGUGGAACCUAGUGCGGCAUUCUGAGUCUUAUGAAAUGAAUGAAGAAGCUGUAAUUGAGAAGGUGCAGCGUCAACCCAGUUAUGACUACAAAUUUAAGAUCCUCUUCAUAGGUGAUAGGGGAGUGGGGAAGUCAUGCCUUUUUCAGCGCUUUCGAAACCCUGCAUAUGACAUUUUUAUGAGUACAAUGACCAUAGGCUUAGAAGUUGACAUUGAGUCCUUUAAGUAUGGCUCCAAGUUUGUACAUUUAGAAGUAGUUGAUACUGCUGGACAAGAGCAGUUCUUUGCAGUGCAAGCCAUGUAUUUUCGUGGAGUACAUGGCAUUUUUCUGGUGUGUGAUGUAACAAAUCGUGAAACUUUCCAGCACAUUUCCAGGUGGCUUGACCUAGCUCACCUUUACUGCACUGAAACUAAUGCUUUGAUUAUUCUCAUUGGCAACAAAAUCGACCAAGAAGAGAAUCGCAAAGUUUCUCGUGAGGAGGGUGAAGAGCUUGCCAAAUGUCAUGGGCUAAGCUACUUAGAGGUCAGUGCUUUAGAUGUUGGAAAUAUUGAAGACAUGUUCAAAAAAAUGAUUCAGCUUCUCACAAGGUCUGUUGACCUUGGUACAAUUAAAAUUGAACUGGCUGAGACUGAUGAUAAGGUAAAGUUGACGAAAGGUUCAAAGAAGUCCAAAUGCAAGUGUAAAUCAACAUAAAAUGGGAGACAUUCCUCUGUGGAUGGAGAAUAGAUUUUUGUUGAACAUUACAUGUUGCAGUGUUUUACACUACAUGUUUGGUUUAUGUUGUAUGGAGGUAGUGGCCCUAACACUGCACGAGGUAGUGUUUAGGAGUAUCCUUUCUCCUGCAGGAGAGAAUGCUUCUCUGUCAUGGGUUACCCAUUGAUAUUUUGACAGUUUGCUUGAACAUGUUUAUACACCUGGAUGAAGAGAAGCUUUGUGAGAGGAGAAAGUGUCUCACCCAACAUGCAAAACCAUGAAACAGCCAGGGCUCAAAAAAGGCCCUUGACUAAAUUCUGAGUCUACAAGCCUGAUUAUUAAGCAGGAGCACACCACCUCAUAUGGCUCACUUAUCUUAACCCUGUAACUCCCAUGAGUGACCAAGACAGAAUGAGAAUGAAAACAAAGGGAAAUAUCAAUGAGUACUGGUAGUGGGACAGAGUGGAGUCGAAUUUGUUCUGUGAUCAUACAAGUGAUUAACAAAUCAAAUGACCUAAAAGUAUGAGUCCGAUUUGU